AUGGUGCUAAAUAAGGUGAAAUCCAGACAAGACAAAGUCCUUGUCAACGGCUUCCAUGCCUGGAGGCCUGUGGAGGUAAAGGAGGAGUACAGACAUAGGACCAGUCUGAACAAGUCUCACGCCUUCAUCGAACUCAGAGACCUCCGCGUCAAAGACUCUGGUCAAUACUGCUGCGAGAUCCUGUCCGGAACCAAACUGAAAUACACACGUUUCCAGCUGAGAGUGACAGCCAACUACAGUCAUCCCACCAUCUCAGUGGAAUGUGGUCUGGGGAGUAACCACGGAAACAUCAUCCAUGGCAACAGCUAUGACAGUUGUGUGGUGACCUGCUCGGCGUCUCAUGGGUUUCCUCUUGCUGAUGUGAUGUGGACUGUUUCAGCACAGCUGAACCACACGUUAACGGAGAACAUAACUCACAUCCAUCAGGACAACACUACUGACCUGUGGAGCGUUUUUCAGUCUGUCUUCCUCAACUGCUCUCAGCCUGUUAAUGUCAGCUGCUCUGUAGGAGGAUCUGCAUCACAGCUUCUCACACUGUGUCCACGGACAGGCCCCCCCGCCCCAGACCUGGCACAGCUCAUCGCCUGCCUGAUGGUGAUAGUGGGUGUUUUUGGGGUGAUGGUGGGGUGUGGAGCAGUGAGGAUGAUGCAGAAAACGCUGAGCUGCAACAUCUAG